AUGGUUUCUCUCAUUGGUGAUCGGCAGUCAGUCUUACAGGGCACAUGGGCCCUUGGGGCCCUCGCAAUCAUCGUGAUGGUGCUCCGGAUAUUUGCAAAAGCCAGGCUUCGCCAUAUGGGAUCAGACGAUGCCAUAAUGGUUGCAUCCCUAGGUUUCGCCCUCGCCUCAUCGAUACUCUUCACAAUCGCAGUCCUUGACUACGGCUUUGCAUCCGGUCGUCCUGGAGCUGACGAGGUUACCGCUCUUAAAUACUACACCAUAAUGGAAGUUUGCAGCGUCACAAGCACAUGUCUAGGCCGAGUCGCAUUCAUCCUCUACCUGUUGCCAGUUCUUUCAACGAGGAAAUUCUUCAAGAUCAGCCUAUGGAUACUAUUUGCGAUGCAAAUAGUGGCAAACGCUGUAAUGGUUAUCCUUAUCCUAUCCCAAUGCCACAAUAUCCGUGGGGUUUGGGAUCCCAAAUACGCCACGAACUGCACGGAAGACUAUAUUCAGCUCCGGUUUGGUUACUUUCUCUGCUUCUGCAACUCCUCGACAGACUUGCUACUAGCAGUCCUUCCGUCCUAUAUUUUCUGGGAUCUUAAGUUAAAGCCGAUGAUCAAGUUCAGCCUUAUGAUACUCACGAGUUUGGGUCUCGUCGCAACAGUCGGUGCCAUAAUGAAGGCUGUAUAUCUCAAACAGAUCUUAACCUGGGACGGCACAGCCAAUGCGAUAGAGCUUACUUGCUGGGCUAUGAUCGAAUGCUAUCUUGUGAUUAUCACCGCAUCGGUUCCCUGCGUUCGUUCGCUGGCUAUUUCUUCUGUACGCCAGUUGUUCGCAAGCGACAAGUCGAGCAAUUUUCCUUUCGCCUCAUCGUAUAGGAAUCACACAGCAAGCCAUCAACGCGCGACGAACCGCGUACAAACCAAUCCCGAAGCCUCUGGGAGUAGACAGAAUUUCUUUACGGGUGGACGGGGCGAGGAUAUGGAAAUGGGGACUACUAGGACUUCUGUGAAUGCCAAUGAGAGUGAUGAUGGAGCAGGGGUAACAGGGGAUGGAAUUGCGAAGACGGUGGAUAUUAGUGUUACUUGGGAGCAGGGACAUCGCAGAGACCGUGUUUCAUAG